AUGGUCUUCAAGUGGGUGUUCUCUCAGGAUAUAAUCCAAGAAGUCCACUUGAAUAUGUCUUUGAGUGCCUUGUGGAAAAUGGCUUCCAGCCUUUUGCAAAUUCAAGAGAGUGCUAUCGGCAAGGUAUAUUCUCCCAGGUCUGAAAGGCCUAGAGUAAUGAGAGAGAUAUGGAAUAUGGGUGUUGCAGCGGUCGUAUUCGUCAUCUCUAAGCGCUGUUUGGGCUCACCGCGGAUCCGAAAGACGAUUUGGGCAGAAAGCGUCUCUGUUCAAGCACGACGGUGGUUGAGGCCUCGACGCAGAAGACAUGCUAAAAAAUAUCAUUGUUCGAAAUUGCUUGUCGGUCAACGGACGCUGAAGUUGGGUUGGUCUCGGUAUCGCGUGGCGGCGGUCCGAGAAGAUUUUGCAAGUCACAACCACACCUGGUCGAAAAUGGAGUACCCGUUCGGCGAUGGUAACAUGAUUCCCGUACGCGGUAACUACCUACAGGCGUCCGGAGAUGGCAGUAUGGCGGUGGUUGGUAUUGAAGUGCCAAGUUCAUACAUUAAAUCAUCUUCUUGGAUGGUUGAAGCUACAUGUGCAUUGGCUUGCGCUGAGUUGUUCGCAAUGACAAGCGCCGCAACCCACUGUCGUCAUCCUGGACUUGAGUCGAGCGGAAUGACUCCGUGGUUUGUCUUGACGGUCUCGCAACGGGAAAUCUUGGUGAGGAAUCCCGCCAGGCUGACCAGCGAAAUAUCGUCGGUCUGCGCUGAAGCGCAGAUCUGCCCGCCCUAUGGUUGGAAGGUACCAUGUCCGUUGUGGAAUAUUGUGGGGGAAAAGUGCAAUCAUGAUGCUCCGUCAAUUGCGAGGAUGAUGCGGAUUCCGCAAGCAAUUAACGUGAGCUUAGCCCAUGCUGGCUGGUUCAGUACCGUGAACAGAUGGAAUAUGGUACGCCAUCCUCUCGACAAGCUUCUCCAAUGUCUGAUGCUUGGCUCGCUUUGGGCGGGCCUUUGGAUACUACUACUGGAGUUGCCAGGGAUCAGUCGCGAAAAGAAAUGCUUUCAACCUGCUCAGUGGGAGCAUAUUUGGCUCCUCCAAGCUGUCGAGGCCAUUCCCUUCCCUCUCUACGCUGUAUCUAUGCCUACUCUGGAUAUCCCAAGAUAUCUUAAUCAUUUCGUGCCCUUGGGUCUUUCACGGUAA